AGCGGAGAGUUUUGACCUAAAGAAACAGCUUAAUAACGCGUACCGCGGCCGCGCGUGGUCCGCGUGGCAGCACUGCGCCGCCAGUCCCGCGCAGAUGUCCGCCUAUUACAACUACACCCCUGGCAGCACGUGCCCGCCCGUAACAGUUUCGGUUACCAGCGAAGCUAGUGGCGGCUCCCGCGCAUUUGAGAAUGGUAUGGCGCAGCCGCCGCGGCAGCAACUUCAGGGAGAAAUUCAGGAACAGCAACAGAAGCAGCGCUCAGAGCAGUCAGGCCAGUCAGGCCAGUCAGGGCUAGCACGUGAACAGUGGGAGCUGCCGCCGAGCUCUAGACUAGACGAGGCUUUGCUCUUCGACGCGCGAUGCCUCGACCUCCCCCGCCGCGCAUGCUUCUCCGAUUCCUCUCCUCUCUCGCCCUCCAUCGCCGCAACUACCGCCGCGGACAUGGUUUCGGGGGACGCCACGGUUGCCACCGCAGCCGGUGGAUCUGCCGAGCCGCCGUUGCGGGAAGCGGCGAGGUGGACAAUUCCCGACGCGAGGAGCAUAGCGUGGGAACCGUACGGCCCGUGCCGCGACUGGGAGUGCCUCAUGGAGCAGGAGGAGCAGGCCGAGCGCGCCUGGCGCGGAGAUGGGGAUGCCGGUGGCGUUGGUGGUGGCGGUGGUGGUGACGAUGGCGGGGGUAGUGGUGGCGAUGGUGCAGGCGUGACCAGGGGGGAUUUGGCAGGGGAGGGGAUGUUGGGUGGGGUGGAAGGCGGGGAGGCGGAGGGUUUGGAGAUUGGACGGUUGGGGUUGCCUGCUGCUGUGCGCGGGUGUUUGGUGUCGUGCUUUAACCUGUCCAAGGCCAGGGAGAGAGGAGCUCGUGGAGCAUACGGGGGCUACAGUGGUUUUGCGGAGGGUUCAGGGCUGUAUGCGCAGACAGUGCCGGAAGGGGCAGCAGCAGCAGCAGCAGCAGCAGGAGAAGCAGCAGCAGGGGCAGCAGCAGGGGCAACAGGAGCAGCAGGGGCAGCAGCAGCAGGCGCGUGGGGGAUGGAUGCGGUGUUGGCAGUGAAACCACCAGGAGGUAUUCGAGUGGGGGUCGACAUCGGAGGGGGCACCGGGAAUUUCGCUGCACUCAUGGCAGACCGGGGCGUUACGGUGGUUACCACUGCGUCCAACCACGGUGCCCCUGUAAUGGAAGUGCUAGCACACAGAGCCCUCGCAGCCCUUCACCUCCCUCCCACCGCCCGCUUGCCUUUGUCGGACUUGUCGUUAGAUUUGAUUCACUGUGCGUUUUGGCCGGCAAUGCUCGCACACCCGCCGGCAUUGGAGUCUGUUUUGUAUGACUGGGACCGAGUGCUCCGCCCUGGGGGGCUGCUGUGGCUGGAAAUGGUGCCUUUUUCCCGGCCGUUGAUCCGGAAGAUCCUGGCCGUUGCUGAGGUGGCGCAGUGGAAGAAGCUGAAGUGGGCGAAGGUGGUGGCUGGUGGGGGGAGUGGAGGUGGGGGAGGGAGUGGAGUGGGGGGUAGUGGAGGGGGAAGUGGUGAUCAUGGGCCUUGGUUGCUGAAUGUGCUGUUUGAGAAGCCUAUGAAGAGAGUAAGGGAGGAGAGGAGGGCAAUUGCUGUGAUGAGUUGA